AUGAGUACAGCAAGCCCUGAUAGAACUUCGAAUAGAGAGGAACAGACACCUCUAACUAGUUCUUCAUCGGCUUCUACGGGGAAAACGACCACAGAACAAGAUGAUAAGCAGGGAAGCACGGUAACUGUAUUUGAGUUGACUAGUGAGAUUAAGAAAUGCUUAAAAGAUUUAGAGGACUCCAUCCAGAGUAAUGAUGAAAAGUUUGAAAAGACUAUGAAAAGAUUUGAAAGUAAGAUAAAGACCCUAGAAUGA